GUAAUUAAUAAUUACAAUAAUGACCACGCGUAACCGCCAUAAAUAGAGGGACGCGAAUCAAACGGAAUCGGUGAAUCUUUCAACAGAAACGGAUUAAUUAACACACAAACACACAAACGCAUCUCUCUCUCUCUCUCUCUCUCUCUCUCUAAACAGUUUCUUCAACUUUCUCUCUCUAACAGCAAGUCAUGGCGGCUACUGGAAGAAGAUCAAACGGCUCGUCAGUUCUAUACCCUCACUCUUCAUCCCACCGUCAUCAAAGAUCGGCGUCUCCAUGCAACAACAUCAACCUCCGUUUAAAGAGGUUCUCCCUCGGAAACAGCCCUCCCUCCUCCUCCGCCGUUCGGAAGUGCUCGUGCUCUCCGACGACGCACCCCGGAUCGUUCCGCUGCGGCUUUCACCGCCGAUUGGAGAGCGAGAAGAUCAAAGCUUUGUCGAACAAGUCGAAGAGUGGUGAUUCGGGGAUGUAUCUGAGAAAAUUGGCUCUGGCGAAUUCGCUGGCGAGGAUCGGGAGCGUGGAGGCGGAGCGGUUUAGGAAGUAUCUGACGGAGAGUAUUGUUAAACCGUCGUCUCUACUUAUCCGUCGUCGUUUUGAGUUCAGGCCACGGCUUAGCCGAUUCUAUGGGAUGCAUAAAGAUCCGAAGGAUUAGAAUAAAUAGUAAUAAUCUAGGUUUUUUUUUUUAAUUUGUUUCUUGCGUGUGAAGGAACUAUGUUUUGGUGUUCCUUGGCGCGGUGUAUCGAAGUUUGUGUGCAAUGUACAUGAUGAUGACAUCACUAGGACGUGUUCUUGAUUUGGUUUCUUAAUUUUUUUCAUUAGAAACUUUGUUGAUCUGAGUCAUUUAAACUCUGAUCAUCUACGUUCGCUAAGCUUUACGUUUUCACUUUUGGUAUGUCUGAGUCAGUCUGACGAUGAAGUUUCCAUUUUUUU